AUGAUGAUGAUAAUGCACCGUGUGAUGUGUGUGUUGGCCGUUGUGCUGUGCUGCGCCUGUGGAUGUGCCAUGAGUAAUGGUUCUGGUGGUGUGGCAUCACUUGCUCCUAGUAUGAGUGAGUUUCCGUAUACGGUAAAUGGUGGCACUACACAUACAUCAGGUGAGAUCGUGUCAAGAGAAAAUAAAGCGGAAAGGGAUAGAGUUACAGAUAUAAAGGUAGAAGAACAGCACCACACACUACCUGAGAAACCCGAACAAACACGAGCCUUAGGUGAGCCCUUAACUGACACUUCUCACUCGGACAGCCGUUCUGAAGGUCGGACAGUUUCAGAAAGUGGCAUGCCAGGCACAGAACAUCUGGUGAAACCAACAACGACACAUGUUGCUGAAAUAACUAAACCAGUUGCUGCAGAACGUCCAUUGUCAGCAGAUCAGAGUUCGGGAACAACCACAAAAACAGCAGAGAGCCAAACUCAAGAACAUCAUUUAGCCGUGCCUAAAGAGCAAAAUCAACCUACACAAGGUAACCAAGAAUCGUCGAAUAACACAGGGGAUAACACUACACCUGGCGACCACAAUACUUCCCAGCAAUCGCCUACAGAUGCUGGUGUCACUACAAAUACAACAUCACACGAGAACAACACGGCUGGAUCUGCCGAGAGCCCCGAUAACACUACCUCAGAAGCACCAACCACCACUCCAUCACCUGCACCCAACACAGAGAUCAACAGCACUAUUGCCUCCGCAGUGCAGAAAAAGGCUAAUGCUGACAGCAGUGUCAGUCCUGUGUGGAUGCGCACUGCAGCACCGCUGUUGAUUAUGGUUGUGUUGUUCUCCGCUACCGUGUACUGA